AUGGUCAGGAAGCCUGUGAUGCCCUCCAUCUCCAAUGGAGGCUACCUCCAGGGGGAUGAUCGUGGCCACUUGCCCUCCAGUGGCACCAAACAGGCCCCUGAGCAGGAUAAGAUGGUGCUGAAGAAAAAGAUCACGCUGCUGAGGGGCAUCUCCAUCAUCAUUGGCACUAUCAUCGGGGCUGGCAUCUUCAUCUCCCCCAAAGGAGUUCUCCAAAACACGGGCACCGUAGGAAUGUCUCUGAUCGUCUGGACGGUCUGUGGACUCGUGUCGCUGUUUGGGGCUCUGUCUUAUGCUGAACUGGGGACGUGUAUAAAGAAAUCUGGUGGUCACUACACUUAUAUCUUGGAAGUCUUUGGCCCAUUACCAGCUUUUGUCCGAGUCUGGGUGGAACUAAUCAUAAUACGCCCUGCUGCUACCGCUGUGAUAUCCUUGGCAUUUGGACGUUACAUCCUGGAACCAUUUUUCAUUCAGUGUGAAAUCCCAGAACUUGCAAUCAAGCUAAUUACGGCCGUGGGCAUCACCUCGGUCAUGGUCCUGAAUAGCGUGAGUGUCAACUGGAGUUCCAGGAUCCAGAUAGUUUUAACCCUUUCCAAGCUUAUAGCAAUUCUGAUAAUUAUAAUCCUUGGAGUUAUGCAACUAAUUAAAGGUCAAACCCAGAACUUUCAAGAUGCCUUUUCAGGAAAUGAUGCCAGUAUUAUGAGAUUACCCUUGGCUUUUUAUUAUGGAAUGUAUGCAUAUGCGGGCUGGUUUUAUCUGAACUUUGUUACUGAAGAAGUAGAAAAUCCUGAGCGAAAUGUUCCUCUUGCAAUAUGUAUAUCAAUGGUCAUAGUCACUGUUGCCUACGUUCUAACGAAUGUGGCCUAUUUCACUACCAUCAGUGCUGAGGAUUUGCUGCUCUCCAAGGCCGUGGCAGUGACCUUUGCAGAGAGGCUUUUGGGAAAAUUCUCAGUAGCCGUCCCAGUCUUUGUUGCCCUUUCCUGUUUUGGCUCCAUGAAUGGGGGCGUUUUUGCUGUCUCCAGGUUGUUUUAUGUUGCUUCCCGUGAGGGUCACCUUCCAGAAAUCCUCUCCAUGAUUCAUGUCCGCAAAUACACUCCUCUGCCAGCUGUCAUCGUUUUGUACCCUUUGACGAUGAUAAUGCUUUUCUCUGGUGAUCUUUAUGGUCUUCUGAAUUUCCUCAGUUUUGCCAGGUGGCUUUUUAUUGGACUAGCAGUUGCAGGACUGAUUUAUCUCCGAUACAAACGACCAGAUAUGCAUCGUCCCUUCAAGGUGCCGCUGUUUAUCCCAGCUCUGUUUUCCUUCACGUGCUUCUUCAUGGUGGCCUUGUCCCUUUAUUCUGAUCCAUUUAGUACUGGGAUAGGUUUUGGGAUCACACUGACUGGUAUCCCAGCAUACUACUUCUUCAUUGUCUGGGACAAGAAGCCAAAGUGGUUCCAGAGAAUAUCAGAUCGAAUAACCAGAACCCUGCAAAUAUUGCUGGAAGUCGUACCCACAGAAGUACCCACAGAAGAUAAGCUGUGAUCGGUUGGAUUCCAAAGAAGGAGCUGUGUGUUGAUGACCUACUCUUCUCUGUUUCCAUCUGAAACAAAUGGAAAAUGAGAAGCUGAUUAUUGGGAUUCCAGAGGAUUACAAGACUGGGUUAUGGCUUGAACCUCCAAGGAAACAAGUAUCUCCAGUUUUCUUAUGUGUUCAAACCUGUGUUUCAGAAGUUUGGAUGUACCUUCAGGUGCACAUGUAGACAGCUGCUAGGCUUUUCU